UUUCUGACAAGACAUAAACACAUCACUCAUCGCCUUUAGAUUCUCUUCCGACCCUCACAAGAUCUUAACAACAACAACAACAACAUCAAGAUCCGAUCCUCCAGAUUCUCUUCUGUGUAUUUCCUUAAAUCUCCUCCUCUUUCUCUUUCCUAUUUAUUUAUGUAUCUCACUCACCGCUUCUGCCUCUCUCUCUCUCUCUCUCUUAUUUAUGUAACUCCUCGUCUUCCUUCUUCACAUUGAUUUCUGCGUCCUUUGACGUUCAAACUUUAAACGUUUCUUCAUCUGUUUUGUUGUUUACUUUCCCGAGAGAAAACAAUGGCUCUCAGAGAUUUAUCUUCUUCUUUAUCUUCUUCUUCUUCACCGGAGUUACAUGUUCUUGCCGUUGAUGAUAGUUUCGUGGAUCGUAAAGUUAUUGAGAGAUUGCUUAAGAUCUCUGCUUGUAAAGUGACGACUGUUGAGAGUGGGACUAGGGCUCUGCAGUAUCUUGGUUUAGAUGGAGACAAUGGAUCUUCUGGUCUUAAGGAUUUGAAAGUGAACUUGAUAGUGACGGAUUAUUCAAUGCCGGGACUAACAGGAUAUGAACUCCUCAAGAAGAUCAAAGAGUCUUCAGCACUCAGAGAAAUCCCAGUAGUGAUAAUGUCUUCUGAGAACAUACAACCUCGUAUAGAACAAUGUAUGAUAGAAGGAGCAGAGGAGUUUUUGCUAAAACCGGUGAAAUUAGCUGAUGUGAAGCGUUUAAAAGAACUUAUAAUGAGAGGUGGUGAAGCUGAAGAAGGAAAAACCAAAAAACUUAGUCCUAAGAGAAUCCUACAAAACGACAUUGAUUCAUCUCCAUCAUCAUCAUCAACAUCUUCAUCAUCGUCGUCUCAUGAUGUUUCCUCCCUUGAUGACGACACUCCAUCUUCCAAGAGGAUCAAAUUAGAGUCUAGGGGUUAAAUGAUUGAGCUCAAUCUUUUCUCACGUUUUCUCUUGAUUUCCUUGUGUAAUAUACAUUAUUUUUGAUAUAUGCAACUAUGUAAGUCUAGAUUCUAAUGCUCACCUUAUUACUCUGUUUUUUUUUUUUGUUAAAACAAAAGGAG